CAAUAACGUGCACAUACCAUGACAGAACAAUCAGCGUUACUUCUCCGAAAACAACUUGCAGAGCUCAACAAGAACCCUGUGGAGGGCUUUUCGGCAGGUCUAAUAGAUGAUGACGACAUUUAUAAAUGGGAAGUUGUGAUCAUCGGUCCCCAGGAUACCCUUUUUGAAGGAGGGUUUUUUAAAGCAUAUUUAACUUUCCCAUAUGAUUAUCCUCUUCGGCCUCCAAAGAUGAAGUUCAUAACAGAAAUCUGGCACCCGAAUGUUGCAAAAAAUGGGGAUGUGUGCAUUUCUAUCCUGCAUGAGCCCGGAGAGGAUAAAUUUGGCUAUGAAAAGCCUGAAGAGCGCUGGCUGCCGAUCCACACAGUUGAGACAAUCAUGAUUAGUGUUAUCUCCAUGUUGGCAGACCCCAACAGUGAUUCACCAGCUAAUGUAGAUGCUGCUAAAGAGUGGAGGGAGGACCCAAAUGGUGAAUUCAAGAGAAAAGUGGCUCGUUGUGUAAGAAAAAGUCAAGAGAUGGCCUUUGACUAG